AUGGCGCAAGCAGCCGUGGCCCUGAGCCCGCACCUCCACGACAGCUCGCUCGCGGCCGCGUUCGGCGGUCGACUCUCGCCGUCGCCGUGGAGCCGGUUCCUGUCGCCGUCGCUCUUCAGCCAGCGGUCGUCGACCCCGAGCCAGACCCUCGCUCCCCCUCUCGCCGCCGCCGCACCACCCCUUGCCGCCGCCGGUUCGCCGCUCAAGGAGUCGACGACGGUCCACCAGCCGCACCAGCCGGGCCAGUUCACGCACGCCCGCGAGAUCAACCCGUUCGAGCGCAGCUUCGCCGUCCUCGAUGGCACUGCCGCGAUCCCCCUCCCGCGUGGGGCCGACGGCGGACCCGCGCCGUUCGGCGGCGCAGCAGGCCUGCACCUCGGCGGCCGCCUCAAGCGCAAGCGUGCCCUGUCGAGCCCGGCCCUGUUCACGCCCGGCGGCUCGCCCCACCAGCCCGACUACCUCGCGCACGAGGCGGCCGACGAGGACGACGACAUGCGCGCCUUCCUCCAGGCCAAGCGGCCCGGGCUCCGCUUUGCGCCCAACAACGACAGCGGCGUCGGCUUUGUCGAGGCGGGCCCGGCCGUUGACAUGGUGCCGUCCGGCUCGGCGUACUCGCUCCGGUCGCGCGGCUCGUCGUCGGGCCACAACUCGUUCGACUCGACGACGGGCACGUCGCUCCUCGGUCGCCGUCGCGCUCAAAGCGCGUCCGACUCGCCCGAUACGUCGGUCGCGCCGUCGCCGCCCUCGCCCAAACUCGGCGUCGGCGCCGACACCCACCAGUUCGGCGGCCAGGUCCCGCCGUCGACUUUCACCCACUUCCAGCCGCAACCGCUCGCCUUCUCGAUGCCGCCCUCGACGACCGUCGCCAUGCCGUACGGCGACCCGAACGUCCUCGCCCUCUCGACGCUCGGCCCGGCGUCGAUCGCGCCGCACGCCGUCGCUCCCCUUCCCUUCACCGCCGAGCCCCAGCCGUUCGAGCCCGUCGCCAUGCCGCUCGACCCGAUGACGUCGUUCGUCGCCGCCUACCCGACGGCGCCGCAGCCGUUCGCGUCGGGCCCGCCCAACCCGACCUCGCUCGCCGCGCCUCUCCCUCACCCCCUCGGCAUGCCCGCCGCCGUCCCGCACCCGGUCCCUGCGCCCGCCACGCACACCGGUCCCUCCCCUGUCCCUAUCCCGCAUUCGCGCCUGCCGCCCAUGCCCGCCUCGGCUCGCGCGCCCACCGCCGCGCCCGUCGCCGGCACGUCGGCCUUCCUCCCGCCCUACGCCGCCCCGCCUGCGCCUGCGCCCGCCGCCAGCACGGCCAAGGCGAGCAAGAAGGCGUCACCCGUCGCUGGGCCGAGCCGGCAGCUCGGUCCGGCGCCCCUGUUCGACGAGGCGGACGACGACGACGACGACGACGACGACGCGGCGCCGGCGGCGCCGACUCGGCCGGCGGGCAAGAAGCGCGGGCGCAAGCCCAAGAACUGGGACCCGACGCUCGAGACGACGGUCGAGCUCGACCCGGAGGAGCAGGAGAAGCAGCGCAAGCUCGCGCUCGAGCGCAACCGCGUCGCGGCGAGCAAGAGCCGCAGGAGGAAGAAGGAGCGCGUCGAGCUUCUCGAGACGGCCUCGACCGACCUGUGCUCGCGCAACCUCGCCCUCCAGGCCGAGUGCCGCAACCUGUUCACCGAGGUCCACGCGCUGCGGACCAUGCUCGCGCAGGCGCACCCAGAGCACUCGUGCCAGUGCCCGCACAUCGUCGGGUACGUCGUGCGCGAGCGCGACGGCGGCGGGAUCCCGGCCAUCCUGUACGGCGCGAGCGGCACGACCGAGCGCGACUACACGCGCGUGCCCAAGUGGGGCACCGAGGACGACGUCUUUGCCGGCACGGUCGAGGCGCAGGCGCUCGACGUCAUUGCCGGCGGCGGCACGUCGCUCGUCAACAUGGUCGGCGGGCGCGGCGGCGCCGAGUACCCGAGGGCGACGUCGUCGAUCCGCAGCGACACGCCCGGCCUGAGCAUGCACUACCAGCACCCGCACCCGCACCCGCACCAGCACCAGCACGUCCAGCCCAUCCCGAUGGUCGCGCCCGUCGCCGCGCCGCAUCACGCCGCCGGCGCCAGCGUCGGCCACGUGCGCCAGCCGCUCCCGCUCAAGGCGCCGUCGGCCUCGGCCUCGACGGGCAGGUCGCCGUCGAAGAAGUCGCGAGCCUCGGCUGCGGCCGCCAUGGUCGGCGGCGAGGGCGAGUCGGACGAGUCCGAGGAGGAGACGGUCACGCUCAAGAGCCGGCGCGCGAGGGCCAUCUCGACCCGCAACAAGUAG